AUGAAUAAUCCACAGUAUGCAGGACAUGAUGUCCCAGAAGAAGAGGACGAAUUCGUUGACGCUGAUCUGGUCAUCGCGCCGCCGAAUUUCAUCGUCGCGGCCGGGACUGAUGACAGCAGUGAUGGCGACUCGGCAUUAGGCGAAGACGAGGGAUCUCUCACGCAAUCACUACGAGCCAGCUUACUCGAAAGCGUGAUAGAAAAUGGACGAGGCUAUCAUCGCUACACUGGCCUCAGCGGCAGUCAAUAUAUGCUACCCGAAGAUGAACGAGAACAGGAUCGAUCGGAUUUACAGCAUGAGACUUUUUUGUAUACGUUUCGGAAUAAGCUGUAUCAGUCACCCAUUGGCAAAGAUAUCCGACGAGCUCUGGAUUUGGGGACUGGGACGGGUAUUUGGGCUAUCGAUUUUGCAGAUGAGCAUCCGGACUGCCAAGUGUUAGGGACUGAUUUGAGUCCUAUCCAACCUGUUUUCGUGCCGCCGAAUUGCAGGUUCGAGAUUGAUGAUAUGGAUGAAGACUGGAGUUUCGUCGAAAAGUUCGACUUCAUCCACGGCCGAGCCCUGCUCGGCUGCAGCAAGAAUUUUCCCGCAGUCAUCAGACAAGCCUACGAGAAUCUCAACCCAGGCGGCUGGCUCGAAAUGACAGACGUCCAAAUGCCCUUCCUCGCAGACGACGGAACAAUGGACGGAACCGCUCUCCAAGAAUGGAACGACAGACAACUCGAAGCUUGCUCGCACGUAAACCUCGAUACCACAGCACCGAGCAAAUAUAAACAAUGGAUGAUCAAUCAAGGAUUCGAAGAUGUCACCGAAUUGCAAUUUAAAUGGCCUGUGGGCACUUGGCCAAAGGAUAAAUGGUAUAAAAAACUUGGGUCGAUGACGAAGGUGAAUUUCCUUGCGGGGUUGGAGGGGUUUACGUUGAGGUUGUGGACUAAUAUUUUGGGGUGGUCGAGAGAGGAGACGUUGAUUUUUCUUUCGACUGUGAGGAAGGAUAUUGCGAAUCCGAAGAUACAUUCUUAUUGGCCGAUGUAUUGUGUUUAUGGCAGGAAGCCACUGGAUAGCUAA